CGCCUCCACGGUUUCCGACUCGCUACAGCGCCGCUAGGCUGUGAACAAUGGGCACAGCGGUGGGCCACAUGGCACGCUCGAUGACUAGGUUGCCAACAUCACGGACGAUGUGUGGCAGGUCGAAGCCGGUGUAGUUGCUAGUUUUAGUAUCGACGGGUUCUAACCAUUCACGCGCCUUCUGGCCUUCUUCUCAUGUUGAUGGUUACUCCCUCUCACAUUAUUUCCUACGCCUACACAUAACUUCUUUACAGACGCAUUACGAUCCAGCAGCUAUGCUACCGACCACACUCAUCCUCGCGUCCUUCGCGCCCUAUACAUACGCUUUCUCAAUACCGCCGUUACCACACCUUAGGUACCUUGGUAUCGCCAACGCUCAGAAGCAGCAGCAGCAGCCGCUGCAUGAUAGUCUCGAUGCCUGGAUACAGCAGGAAGAGCGGGUAGCGUUGGACAAGCUACUGGCGAACGUCUCGCCAGGUGGGCGCAAUGUCGUAGGGCAGGAUGUAGCACCAGGCACAGUAGUUGCGAGUCCAAGUCAGGACGGGCCAGACUACUGGUACCAAUGGGUCCGAGAUGCUGCGAUCACAAUGAACACCCUCGUGGACGUGUACGCCGACGAUGCAUUCUCCUCACGAGGAUGGCAACUCUCCGCCAUCCUCAAUGCAUACACGUCGUUGCAGCAGACGAUCCAACGCGCACCGAAUCCAUCAGGGACCUAUGGUGAUCUCUCAGGGCUCGGCGAGCCGAAAUUUGAGAUCGAUGGCACGCCCUUUACAGGCUCAUGGGGACGACCACAGCGAGACGGACCAGCUCUACGUGCUCUGACACUCAUACAUUAUCUACGCGAAUACAACUCUUCGCACCCUACGCUAUGGACGUCAUCCCAAGCAGACGAUUUCUUCGCACCCUUCUACGAGGCUAGUAUGCCACCUACGAGUGCCAUCAAAGUUGAUCUCGAGUACGUGAGCCACUACUGGAACCAGUCUAGCUUCGAUCUGUGGGAGGAAGUGGAAGGUCUGCACUUCUUCACGCUGAUGGUCAGCGCGCGAAGUCUACGUGAGGGAAGCAAGCUUGCGCGUGCUUUCGGCGAUCUUGGUGCGGCGGAUUGGUACACACUGCAAGCAGGAUACAUUGAUAAUUUGCUGUCGAAAUUUUGGAACAAGCAAAAGGGCCACCUCGUUGAGACGCUGUGGAGCCAGAGAUCUGGACUUGACUGCGGUCUGCUGCUCGGCUCGCUGCAUGCCUUACCCGCUGAUGGCUCAGACGACGAUGCCGUGUAUCCGCCGUGGUCAGACGAGAUCCUCGUCUCUCUGCUUGCUUUGACACGCGAUCAGAAAGACCGCUUCCCUAUCAACAGCAGCCCCUGGUCUUCUUCCGACGAUGAAGAGGGAGCUGACACAGACGACGAAGAGCCUUUCGAGGGCACAGGUCUCGGCCGUUACCCUGAAGACAAGUACAACGGAUACACCACUACACAGCACGGAAAUCCCUGGUUCCUCUGCACCUCCAGCGCCGCUGAGGUCCUGUAUCGCAGCGCAUCUCACAUCUCGACAUCCUCGAGACUCACCAUCUCCGCAACUUCGCUGCCUUUCUAUACCGCCCUGCUCGCAUCUUCCAGCCUCGAUAUCAAUCAAGGUACAUACGGACCCAACGACGCACUGUUUCACUCCACCGUCGAGCGAUUAGGUGCUGUCGGCGAUCAGUUUUUGAACGUGGUCAGGAGACAUGUCGAUGCCGAAGGCAGUAUGAGCGAGCAGUUCGACAAAGAGACGGGGUUCAUGACCGGUGCGAGGGACCUGACAUGGAGCUAUGGAGCUUUCUUGCAGGCUGUCAGGGCGAGGAAGGCAAUGACGAGCGCGUGAGGGGCUGUGAGGGCACGUUCUUGAGUUCAGAGGAAUGAGGAAUGAUGUUAUGAUUUACGACUGGAUGGUGGCUCUGCUCUGGUGAGCUAUAUUAUACCCUCGUUUGAGAACAAUGAUAUCUGUUCUAUGCAGCCGAGAGUAUAGGUAACGCC